CCCCACCCCCACCCUGCCUUCCUCCCAAGUUCUCGGGCAUGUGAGUCCCCGCGCUUUGUGCCAUGUCUCUGGAGGGGCUGGAAGUAACUCAGAAUGUGGCAGACCUGGAAGCCUUGCUGAGGGGAGCGGAGGCCAUCCAUGUGAUGGAACAGCAGAUCGUGAUCAUUUCCACGCCAGACCAGCUCCCCGCUUCCGAAGGAGACACCGACACCGAGCUGCUGCUCUUUGCCACUCCGCAGCCCGCCAGAUUGGAGACCGUACCGCAGAGGCCUGCUCUGGAACGGCCACCGGUAAAACGGAAAUUGAAUUUGGAGACUGACCAUCAAUACAUUGCAGAGAACGUUCAGGUGUCUCGAGGAAAAGCAAAAAAUCCUAUAAAAGGUUUAAAGUCUCCUGGAGAGAAAUCCCGUUAUGAAACUUCUCUCAACUUGACCACCAAGCGCUUCUUAGAGCUAUUGAGUCAGUCUCCUGAUGGUGUUGUGGAUCUCAACUGGGCUGCUGAAGUACUAAAGGUGCAGAAGAGGCGUAUUUAUGACAUAACAAAUGUCCUGGAGGGCAUCCAGCUCAUCACUAAGAAAUCCAAGAACCAUAUCCAAUGGCUGGGGAACCGGACUUCUGUGGCAGGCACCAAUAAGAGUCAAGCGUUAAUGAAGGAACUACAGGAUCUUCAAGCAGCAGAACAGCAUCUGGACAGCCUCAUCCAGAUGUGUACUACUCAAUUCAAGAUCCUUACGGAGGAACCUGAAAACAAGCAUUCAGCUUAUGUGACUUGUCAAGAUCUACGCAACAUUGCAGACCCCUCAGAGCAGCUGGUGAUGGUCAUCAAAGCCCCCCCUGAGACACAGAUGCAAGUCUCUGAUCCUGCAGAGGCUUUCCAGAUUGCUGUGAAAAGUACUCAGGGCCCUGUUGAUGUGUUCCUGUGCCCAGAAGAGAGCUCUGGUGUCUGUAGUCCCACCAAGAGUCCGUUGAAAGUGGCUCCUGAGGAACCUUCUUCAGAACCUUCACAAACAACACCCUCUGUGCUUCUACACCCUUCUCAGGAUACAAGUUUGCCAUUGUUGAGUGGAGACCAAGAACCUUUGUUAUCUGGAGAGACUACGCUGCCUCUGAAGUGUCCCGGGGAUGAUGUAAACCUCUCACCACUGGCUUCCGUGGAUGCCUUGCUUUUGCAGGGCAAGGAUGACUUCUCAAGUUUUCUGCCCUCUGAAUUCAUUGCACUUUCACCACCCCAGACUCAGGACUAUCAUUUUGGACUCGAGGAGGGUGAAGGCAUCAGUGAGCUCUUUGACUGUGACUUUGGAGAUUUCACCUCCUUGGAUUUCUGAAUAUCCUCGGGUUGGGGAAAGGGGAGCGCCACCUGGUCAACUCUACCCCAUCACAGGGGAAUCUUUUUGCAGCUGACAUCUGAAUAUAAUUCCAGGGCUAGUUGUCAUCUUCAGGGCCAGUGUGCUGUAAAUCAGAUGCCAGGAAAGGAAAAUGGCAGAAUGUGGUCUGGCAUCAGUGACAGUGAGAGCACUCAGCUCCUGGAAGGGCUGCCUUUUGCUGGCCAUCUCCCUAUAAUUGAGGGAGAUGGCUGUGAAGCUAAUUGCUGCUGUGAAUGUUGCAAGCUUGUUUUUGUGACCUGAUUGAGAGACAGCAGGCAUCACCUCAAGCCUGCUGUGCCCAGGCCCAGAGUAGUAAUAGUACUUAGGAAUAGGUGAGUAGGGUCACCUUGAUCCUCUGGUGCCAUGUUUGGAAUCUAUAGGGAUAGCUUUAGAGAUGCUGUUGCAGCAGCCUAGUUAUUCUUGUUGAACCACUCCUUUCCCUGAAUUUCACUUUAGAUAAUACUUGGCUGUGGGCAGGCCCCCUUUUUAUCAGGUGCUUAAUUUUCUAUGUUGUGAGCAAUUUCUCAACCUUGGCUUAGAAAAACACGAUGGUCAGAAGCUAUCCGUAGAAGAGGGGGCCCCUCCAUUCCUUUUUCAGCAAACUGUUUGGGUUUUGUGGCAGAAGCACUGAGCACAUUAUUGUGAGGGACACCUUUCUGCCAGGCAGCGGUGGGAGAAGGUGACCAGAAUGGUACUUCUCAGAGCAGUCAUUGAUCUGUCCUCUUGCAGUCCAUCUCUACCUGGUUGGCUGGCAUUUUUACCUUUACCUAGGUCUGGGAAAUUCGGAAAUGCUGGCAAAUGAUAAACCAGUGAUUUGCAACUCAGUAGUUAAACAAUGGUCAAGUAGAAGAAAGAAAACCAACUGGAUGGAUAGGGUGGGCGAUACAAUGGGAGCCUUUUGUUAAACAUGCUGCUUAAACUAGUGAAAGGUAAUGGGUAAUUGGAUACGUUAGAAAAGUGGGUGGGCAUUUUUUAUUUUUUAUUUUUUGCUCUUUUAAAAAAAAUGUUCUGGUUGAAAAGGAGAAACUGGCUUUCAAAUAUGAGGCGCUAAGAAUGGUGGGGUGAAUUGUUUCUGGAUGCCGAUGCAAACAUAUUUUUUCUUUUUCCUCAUAAGCCUCACCAUAAAGCUUUAAGGAGGGUCCUGUACAGAUUAUUUAUUUAUUUUGGGUGUUCCUCACCUCCCACUAUGGAUAUUAUUUUGUGGAAAGUCCAUUCCCUGGUAGAAUACAUCUAUAUCUAUCUGGGGAUGUGAUGGGUUUUUAUUAUGGUGAUUUUUUUUGUAAUAGUGAGGUGCUCAGUCUGCUCAGCUGUCUUUAGGUUUAGAGCAGACAGCCAACAAGGCAGAGGGGACACUGCUUAUAGUAGGAAAUGAAGUUACUGGAACGUUUUGCUUUGGCAGGAGGAAAGGGAAGGUUGCUGGCUAUUCUCCAUGAUAGUAAGGGAGGUUAGCCCUACACAGUAUUGUGAGACAGCAACCAACCAAUGCCUUUGUUUGCCCCUUUCCUGUGAAGUGAAGGGAAAAACACUGACUCUUUCUCCUUAUUAUCCCAAUCCCCAUGCUAAGCAUAAAGUGCGUCCAGAAAUCAUGGAUUCAUAUUAUUUAUUUAUUAUUUAUGUGGCUCCAUCCAGUGUUCCUGGAAGAUAAAGGAUAGUGUCAGAGGAAUAUGGGUGCAUGAACUCAACAUGUCCAGGUAUGUGGAAAGAGACCCUUUAGUGAUCUAAUUAGAAUUGCUGACCUAGCAAGUGGCAGCAGAGAACCUGGGAACAAGUAGGUUGUAGUCAGAGAGCCUUGAAUAGCAAAGAGAUUCAAUGUCUCAUCAAUAUGUUGAGAGAGUAUGACUGGUCAAGACAAGUGAACUGAAAUGCUAUUUAUUCAUAGAGGAUGGACAGCAGGUUCAUCUUGUAGAGUAGUAUUUCUCCACUUCAGUAAUUUUAAGGUGUGCGGACUUCAACUCCCAGAAUUCCUCAGCCAUUCAGCGCUGGGAAAUUGAAGUCCACGCAUCUUAAAGUUGCUGAGGUUGAGAAACACUGCUGUAGGAAAUAUGUUGGUAUGUUGAAAGGGAGGGUGGGGGAGGGACACACACACUGUGCUAGGAUAAGAGUUUGUGGAAGGAAUAGUUUUAUUCCAGGUUUAUCCAUUUUGAGAAGUAGCUUUAGUUGAAGGAAUGGGGCUUUAGCAGCAGAUAAGAUGCCAUCAGCUUGACUAGGAGUUGUUCCUAGUGCAUCACAAAGCAGUAAUUGGUGCUGUCCCUGAGGUGCCUUCUUAGUCCUUUUAAGUAUUAUUUACUGGAACUCACCAAAGUGUGCUCCUACAUGUUAGAAGCGUAUUUUGCUUUAUGGAAAGGUAACCAUGACUUGGUGUGUGGCUUUGGAUGGAGGUUGUUCAUUAGUGUUCUUAACAGAUAAGAGAACUACUAAUGUAAAGCGUUGUGACACCUAGUCCCAAAUAAUUCAAAUUUUAUUGGAGAAGGGGUUUUUUUUUUUUUUGACAAAGCCUGAACAAAAGCAUCUCUUAAGUGGGUCUUCUUCAGGUAACACAUAUAAAUAUGCUUCCUCAAAUCAAAAUUCAUCAGGCAGCAGGUGGCUGUAUAAACAUAUACACACCGUGAUUCCCGUCCUCUCUCCUCACCUUUCAACUCUUUCUCAGGUUGCCGGUUCCUAAAACUGAAUCAAGUUAAAAUUUAUCCCUGUGUUGCUAGGCUCUGCAUAAGGAGAAACAGCUAACUCUCUCCAAACAUUGCAUUUUCCAACUUGGACAUUUGCAACUAGAUUGUUCUCAAGAAACUUAAUGCUGUGUCCUCUUAGACUGCACUACUUCAGAAUAAUAGCUGGCACAACAUGUUCUCUGUAACCAAGGUACACUUUAUUUCUUGUUUCAGAUACAAACAGGAGAACAAUUUGAUCAUAUUCAGAUUCAUUACUGAUCUCUCUAAGUAAGUCUUAUCUGGAUGUAAUAUUAAAUGUUAGCCAAGUUGGCUGGGGCUAAUGGCAGUUUUAAUUCAGUUUAUCUACAGAGCACCAGGGUUACAAAUCUGGAUGGCAUUUCUGUACAUAGGUCAUCUUACUGUUCUGACAUGUUUAUCUUUUUGUAAUGUGGAUAUCUCCCUCUGCAGCAAACAGUGACAAUCUGUUCCAAAGGACUCAUUGUUAGAUUUAUAUCUUUUGAUAUAUUCAUUCUGAGCACAUCUUGCUUUUACAAGGGAAGACAAGUGCUGCUUUGGCCAACCUCUUUCUGAUGCCGCUCAUACAAAAGUCACUGUAAUAUGCCAGAUAUUUUUUCUCUUUAGCUUACCUAGUGCAGGUUAUUAGCCCCUCCCCCCUUCAGAAGAAAAAAGUCUAGCCAGAAAACAAGGGAACAGAUUCUCUAAAGAUCGUGUUGAUAUUUGUCUACUGGAGUAUUCCAAUACUUUCCUGAAUUGAUGUUCCAUUCUUACUGGUUGGGAAAAAAUAAUGCUAUAAUGCCAGGGCCCAGUUUUUUGAUAUAUCAAAGCAAUUAACUAUGCUGUAUUAUUUAUAUUUUAGAUAAUUCUUGAAUGUAUUUCCUUUUUGAUAGUUAUUUAGAAUGUAAGGAGUACAGCAUAAUUAUCUGUGGUAGAAUGACAAACACCCCAUAAUUGUUACUACAACGUUAUCCUGCAAAAGUCCCUGAAGAGGCUUCAGCAAAAUGCAGUACACUGUAUGGUUCAAUAAGCUGAACAGUAUUUCCAUAAUAACAAGUCAGGAUUUGAACCCUGUUCUGCUGUCUGCUUGGGAUUGGGGGCAAAAUUAUGCACGAUUCCAUAACAACUUCCUAUGGACCUCUCAAGUUCAACAGAUAAGAUGGCCACUAUCUUCCCUGAUAAUCUCAAUUUUCACUUCUACAUUAAAAUGCUGUUUAAUGUUUUCAUCCUUCAGUUUUAGCAUCACCUGCAACAGAAAGCUAUUCCAUAAUUUUUCAAGUCACGUUCUUCACAUCUCACAUCUGCCUUCUUACCUUACCUCAGUGUGGGUAACCCUCUUGGCUCAGAUAUCAGGAUGUUGUUUGAAAGAAGGACGACCUUCAUGCUAUUUGAGGAACUCCAGCCCCUCUAUUUAAAGCAGUGGAUUGGAAGAUCCUAAAUAAACUGAUGAGCACCACUGAUAGCUGAGAAAAUGGCCAAUGGUCAAAAGCGUCAGUCUAAGAAAAGCAAUCUAGAUUUAUUUAAAAAAAAAAAACACACAACUUGAGUUAAGGAUGGAAUGGAGAAGUAUGUUGCAGGCUACCUAUGAGAAGAGCAUGAUUUAUGCAAGUUGGCCUUGCACAGCAAAAUUGAACAUUUUGUAACGGAUUGGAAUGGUGACCUCCAGAUGUUUAGCAAGAAUUUUCAAGCACUUAAGAAUAAAGAUCUGAGAUCAUUUGCUGCUGUUGUGAUUAAAAUGAUUUUUGGAGAAUCAGGUACAUGUAUGAACAAGAAUGCCUGUUGCACCAGAAGCCUAUUACAAGAAAACCCAUCCACCUUGCCCCCUUUCUUCUAACAAGUUAUCUUGAUCCUGAACCAUAUGCACCCCAGAUAAUGUUGCUGCUAUCGACCUAAGAACCAGGGAGGAUUGGAGCCAGAGAGCUCUGGUACCUUAAUCCGAAUGGGAAGCACUUAUUAUAGCUCAUAAUGCAAAUAGUUCUACAAAGCCUUAAAAUCUAUUGGAUCAAAGAAAUAAGCCUAGAGUGCACAUGAUACUCCUUUCAGCAGACUUCUUUUAGUGAGGAGCAUGAGAAGUCCAGUUGGGCAAGUUCAUUUAUUAAAAUUGAAAGCACAGCAGAAGAGAAGGUGCUGUACCUGUACCCCAGCAAGAUAACUAAGAGUGUCCGGUGUACGUGAUGUGGAUUCAAAGCAUUAUCUGUAAAAGUUGGGGGAUCUUGUUGAGGUGACUAAAGGUUGCUGAGAUAUUGUUAUAAUUCUUAAGGAUUGCAACUUCUUUGGUAAGUUUCCAGGACAGACACCCAAGAUCCUUUGGCAACUGAGUGACCAAAUGUGUUGCAAAACCUGCAGCAUUUUCCAGGUGCCUGAACAUUGAGGGAAGUGCACGUUUUGUCUGUGCCUAUUUUUAAUAACAAGCCUUGUUCAUGAUUUGUGCCUUUAGUUUUAAUAAACAUUUCUAAUAAUUUCCUCUUGA